GCCUCAGAGAGCUGUUUCAAGCGAGCUCGGAGCAAGGUUCCAGAAGCAAUGGGACUGUUGAGGCAGAGAAAAGGGGGCUUGAAAGAUGGCAAGUUACUGAGUGAGAGAGAGAGUGAGUGAGCAUAGGCACUCGUGAUACUACUCCUCACGCUGAGGCUUGGCCCUGUAUCCUGAGCCUUGUCACUGCUGUAACGUUAACUUGAACUCGCAGCUGAUUCCUGAAUCCAUGAUCCAUUGACUGUUUUAAUAUCAUCGUAUCCACUUGCACGGUAUCACCGAUAACUUGUUUCCCCAUAUCGUAUCUUAUUCCAAAACAGAGCUAGUAGACCCAAAAGCCGUUAACCCGCUGGAGAGAAACGAGAACGAAAGGGUCAAACCUCACUUUCUCUACCCCUCCCUUUCAGCCCUGUAAACUUGGGACUCAACGCGCGGCCGUCCGAUCCCGCGGAGAAAAUAGAAACAUGCCGAAAAGCUUCGUCGUCAAGGAUCCCUACGUCUGGCUGUGCUGCGGCUUCGCUGCCCUCGGAGCGUGUCUCUACGGCUACGAGGGCGUAUACUUUACCGGAGUUUCGACUCUCGGUACGUUUGUUCCAUUGUAACUAGAAGUAUCAUCGUAUAGCUAGCUGACCGUCAAGAUGUCUUUGUUCGCGACUUUGGAACGCGGGGUGACGAUGGCGAGUUCCACAUCUCGCCCCAGAAUCUAGCUGUCAUGACGAGCAUGAUCAAUGUGGGCGAGUUAGUGGGAUCAUUGCUAGCAGCACCGUUGAACGAUCUAUUCGGCCGAAAGGGCUCGCUCUUGACCGGCUCCGUUGCCGUGGUCGUUGGUGUUGUAAUGCAGCUAUCGACAACUUCGAGCCGUGCUAUUAUCACCGCCGGUAGAGCCGUAUCCGGGUUUGGGGUGGGAACCUUUUCGGUAACUUCGCCUCUGUACAUGGGAGUAAGUUUUUAAAUUCUCCGAUUGAUCAUGUACGAUUUGGCUUUACUGAUCGUGUGGCUACUUGUAGGAAAUAGCGCCGGAGUCUUUGAGAAGUCCCCUUCUCAUGUGUUGGCAGCUCGUUUUGUCCGUCUCGCAGAUCAUCGCUGCUGGUAUCAACAGGAGUGUUAUCCACAACAACACGAGUUUUGCAUAUCGAUUCCCAAUUGGAUUCCAACUCAUUUUCCCACUGAUUCUAUUCCUCGGAAUUACAUGGCUUCCAGAAUCGCCGCGCUGGUUGCUCCGCCGUGGGCAUCAUGACAAAACGAUGCGGUCUCUCCGCUUACUUCACCAUGAAGACAAGCACUACGACGCUAAACCCGUGAUGCAGAACAUCGAAGAAGAUCUCGAAAAAGAAAGUUCUAGUGAGAUUGAAAGCGCGUGGAUCCAACUAAUCACAGACCCAAUUGAACGCCGUAAGGUGAUCUACAGCGCCGGCGCCCUGAUCGCCCAGCAGAUCAACGGGAUCCAGUGGUUCUACUACUUUGGCACCAUCUUCUCCAAAGCAAUUGGUCUCAAGGACCCGUUUCUUAUGACCCUUAUUGUAUUCAUCAUUCAAGUCUUUGUCGUUCUUGCGGCGGUGUUGCUGGCUAACAAGAUUCCGCGCCGACCUCUCUUGCUCAUCACCACGGGGAUCAUGACUAUGUCUAUCUUUGUGGUUGGAUGCUUGGGUAUCCCUGGCGGAACUCCAAGCGAAACUGUGGGGAAGGUGAUUAUAAGUUUUGUGAUUAUUGAGAUUGUCGCCUUCAACUUUGCUUGGGGUCCUCUUGGCUGGACUAUCGCUUCGGAAAUGGCCGUUGGGAGAAACCGAAACAAAAUCUACGCAGUAGCAGUCGCUUCUUUCUGGGUCACAGUCUGGGCUACUGUCUUCACUCUACCAUACCUCUACUACUCCGCCAACCUCGGCCCCAAGACAGGCUUCGUCUACACAGGUCUAUGCUUCGUCACGUUGAGCUACGUAUACUUCUGUGUUGGCGAAGUUACGGGCCGCAGUAUAGAGGAGAUAAACGGCUUCUUUCGAGAUGGCAUCCCUGCACGGCAUUGGAAAAAGCAGCCAUUCGCUGAAGCCCAGAGAGUUCACCGAGUCAACCUCGUCGAGGUACAGGGCCAUGAAAAGAUAGCGAAUCGCUGAGAUGAGUUAUGAAUUAUGUGUCUAUGAGAUCUAUACCCUCUUUUGUCUAUAUGCUGGCCAUGAAUAUACCACUUCUCAAAACGUUCCUGUGCUGUCUAUGGUCGACUGUGCCAAUACCCUCCAUAGCUUCGGUUGUAAUAUAUGGUUUUCAUGACUACAUUCUCCUUCCCAUUAUGAAUAACCUUCCUGGGCACUUCAAUGUACCCUGAAUUUGAUUGCUUGCGAGACCAC